GCCAUCUUCUUCAAUUUCGCUAUUGUCCCUUCACACGCAUAGCCUGCACCUCCAGGGUGAUCCAUCAGAGACGACAACGACGACAACAUGGUAAACCUCGUAGCAGCACAGAGACCAUUAUUGCAUGGGCUAAUGAAGAUGGCGGGCAUUAGACCCUACACGGUGGAGAUAGAGCCCGGCACCGUCAUGACCUUCUGGGUUCCGUCCAACACCGUCUCUAAGCCCAAAAAAUCCGACGAAACACCCAAAGUCAUCGGCAAGCCCACAAAACCAGUAGUAGUACUGGUUCACGGUUUCGCGUCAGAGGGAAUAGUGACGUGGCAGUUCCAGGUGGGAGCGCUUACCAAAAAAUACGCUGUUUACGUGCCAGACCUGCUGUUCUUUGGCGGUUCAACGACGGAUAAGCCGGACCGGUCGCCGGGGUUUCAAGCAGAGUGUUUGGUGAGGGCGUUAAGGAAGCUGGGGGUGGAGGAGUGUGUGGUCGCGGGGUUUAGCUACGGAGGGAUGGUGGGGUUCAAGAUGGCGGAGAUGUGCCCGGAGAUGGUGAGAGGGCUGGUGAUAUCAGGCUCCAUUUUGGCCAUGACGGAUAACAUAAGUGAAAGUACGUUGAAAGAGCUGGGGUUCUCAUCGUCGUCAGAGCUGUUGUUGCCGACUUCCGUUAAGGGACUGAAGGCUCUUUUGUCUGUGGCGACUUACAAGAACCUCUGGUUCCCUGAUCGCCUCCAUAAAGACUUUCUCGAGGUGAUGUUCACGAACAGGAAAGAGCGAAGCGAGCUGCUGGAGGGCUUAGUCAUCAGCAACAAAGACAUCACCAUUCCAAAAUUUCCUCAGAGAAUACAUCUUUUGUGGGGGGAGAAUGACCAGAUCUUCAAGGUGGAGUUCGCGCACAACAUGAAAGAGCAACUCGGGGAUAAUGCAACAUUUGAAGGGAUAAAGAAGGGAGGCCACCUGGUGCACCUGGAGAGGCCUUGCGUUUACAACAGACGCCUCAAGAACUUUCUUUCUUCUCUGCAGCUCCCCACUCCCACUUCUCAAUAAACCCAUUUGCUGUUUCUGUUUUAUUAUAUUCUUCAGAUGUAAUCUCUGCUCCAAUAACUCAAUGGACUACUCCUUCUGUUGCACACGCACA